CUGGAAACUUUGCUAACGGAUCAGCUGAGGCCCAAAAAAGUUUGAUCUUCAGCGGAAAAGAUCAAACCUACCGGAUAUAAGUUUUCCGUUGUGAAAAACAAACCAUUACAGAAUGAGCUCUGUACCGGAUCCGAGAUUGUGAGUUUGGUUGGAUAAAUAGUUCUCGAAGCAAAUUGAAGCUAGAGCAUCAUCAUCCGCGCAAAAAUCUUCGCAUCUCCUGUGCACCCUUUCUGCCAGCGCUGUUUUUUUUGUGUGUGUGUGUACAUAGAGUUACAUAUUUAUUGGAAGGGUCAUAUCUUUCCCUAAGGUGAAGGUUCUAUAUCCUGCUAAAUUCGAUUGGGAACUGCCCAAAAUUUUCCUUCCCAGAGAGAAACGAAAUGAGUGAAGGAAACGGUCAAGGAGUCAACAGCAAGUGAGUGACACGGAUUAAGACCUAUUCGGUUGUCCUGUGGAUAAAAAAGUGUACCUUUGUUUGUGUCCGUUGUGGCGUUCUCGUCAUCAUCAACAACUGUUCAUACGCUAGUUUGAGGGUCUCAUCCAGUUUCGAUCGGCAAAUAGUAACCGGAUUUAAUCCGGGGGUAGACGUUUUACCCGAGUGACUCAUAAACAAAAUUCUACAAUACACCCAGGGAUUCCUGCAAUCAUUGGUUAUCAUUGGCUAAAUUGAAUACUCAAGAAUAAAUCAAGUGCAUCAAGAAUGUUCAUCGAGGAAGAUGUUCACAUGGAAGACUUCUGGGUGCAGACGGCGAUCGGGGCGAUCAAAAUUAUCGCCAUGGUGUACGACAUCAUCACGAUGCCGAUCUAUCUGCUGCUGCAGCGACCCUGGAAGCGAAGAGCCCUAGCCAAGCGCCCCAAGGCCAAAAUAAUCCAGCAGGAUGGCACCUCCAUCACAUACCGGGGCGUGGAUGCUCCCAGCGAGAUGCACGUCAAGAUGAUGCAGAACAACAUCGACACCCUGGAGCGGAUGUUCACCUUCGUUACCAAACAUCACAGCACCAAGCGCUGCAUCGGUACCCGCAAAAUCAUCAGCGAAGAAGACGAGGUCCAGUCCAAUGGGCGGGUCUUCAAAAAGUUCAACAUGGGUGAUUACAUGUGGCGGAACUUUAUUGAAACAGAAUUCGCCGCGGCCUGUUUCGGACGGGGUCUGCGGGAACUCGGCCAGCAGACCAAGCAAAACAUCGUUAUCUUCGCAGAAACCCGGGCCGAAUGGUUGAUUGCGGCUCAUGGCUGCUUCAAGCAGAACAUGCCGCUGGUGACGAUCUACGCCACCCUCGGGGAUGAUGGUAUCGCUCACGGUAUCAACGAAACCGAAGUGCAUACGGUGAUCACUUCCCACGAGCUUUUGCCCAAGUUCAAAACGGUGCUGGAUGUGACACCCAACGUCAAGCGGAUCAUCUUCAUGGAGGAUCAGUUGCACAAAACUGAAGUCACCGGCUUCAAGGCAGGCGUCGAAAUCAUUCCCUUCUCCAAGGUGCUGGAAAUGGGGGAAAAGAGCCAGAUCCCUGGCAAUCCCCCGACUCCGGACGAUACUGCCAUCAUCAUGUACACCUCCGGAUCGACCGGAACGCCCAAGGGCGUGCUGCUUUCGCAUGCCAACUGUAUCGGAACCAUGAAGAACUUCUGUGAUAUCUUCAAAAUCUACCCGGACGAUGUGCUGAUUGGUUUCCUGCCGCUGGCGCACGUUUUCGAGCUGCUAGCCGAAAGUGUGUGCCUUCUGACCGGGGUCCCGAUUGGGUAUUCGACACCACUGACCCUGAUCGAUUCCAGUUCCAAGGUGAUGAAGGGCUGCAAGGGUGACGCUACGGUGCUGAAACCCACCUGCAUGACCUCGGUGCCGCUUAUUCUGGAUCGUAUCUCCAAGGGUAUCAAUGCCAAGGUGAAUGCCGAGAAACCUAUCAAGAAGGCCUUCUUCAAGUUUGCCUACAAGUACAAGUCGAAGUGGGUCGCUCGAGGGUUCCAGACGCCGCUGAUGGACAAAAUCCUGUUCAAGAAGAUCGCCAAACUGCUGGGUGGACGAAUCCGGUCCGUUCUCUCUGGAGGUGCCCCACUGGCCCCGGACACGCACGAACAGAUCAGCCUGUGCCUCUGUGUGGACAUGAUCCAGGGUUACGGUCUAACAGAAACCACCGCCGGAGGUGCCGUCAUGGACAAGUGGUGCAUGGAGUACAGUGUGGUGGGAGGCCCCUCGGCAACCAAUGACAUCCGGCUGAUAAACUGGGAGGAGGGUAACUAUCGGGUGACUAACAAACCAUACCCGCAGGGUGAGAUCGUGAUCGGUGGAGCAACCGUUUCUAAGGGAUACUACAAACUGCCCGGCAAGACCGAAGAAGACUUCUUCGAAGAGGACGGACAACGGUGGUUCCGAACCGGAGACGUUGGAGAAAUCCAUCACGAUGGUGUUCUCAAGAUUAUCGAUCGUAAGAAGGAUCUGGUGAAGCUGCAGGCCGGCGAGUACGUGUCGCUCGGAAAGGUCGAAUCGGAACUCAAAACUUGCCCGGUGGUGGAAAAUAUCUGCAUCUAUGGUGAUUCGACGAAGCAGCAUACGGUAGCCCUGGUGGUGCCAAACCCACAACAUCUGGAGGAAAUUGCCGAGAAACAGGGCAUCAAGGGCAUGGAGUUCGAUCAACUGUGCUCUUCACCGGUGAUGGAGAAGGCCGUCGUCCAGGAGCUGGCCGAACACGGGCGCAAAUGCAAAUUGCACCGAUUCGAAAUCCCGACGGCUGUGACCCUGUGCAAGGACAUCUGGACCCCGGAUAUGGGUCUAGUAACGGCUGCCUUCAAGCUGAAACGCAAGGACAUCCAGGAACGGUACAAGAGCGACAUCAGUCGAAUGUACGCAGCGUAAGCAUCUGUAUCGACAACCGAGGAAAGACACCAAAACGGACCUUUCUAUAUGGUGCUCGAAGAUGUUGCAUCGACGACAAGGACGACUCAGAUUGGUUACCAUCAGCAGAAAAGAAAGGCUACCGACAUCAUCAUCAUCACUCUUGGUAAAAUGUGAACCAAGCUACUAAAAACUACGAUUCGAAUCCUAAUCAACCGACAAUGCAAAAUGACCAUAGAGACAGAGGAAAAGGUGACAAGUUCCGAUUCGAUGCACGGCAUUGUUUACCCGCUGAAUUUAGACUUUGGAGCCUAUCCAUAGGAUACAUUUUUUUUAUCUUGUUUAUUCAUUGUUCAUGUUUUCAUUGUUUUCUUUUUCAAUUAUCGUUUUUCUUUCUUUAUUUGAAACCAAAUAUACCAACUUAUAAGUUUGUUGCUUGUUUUCCGUAGUUUUUCCUUCGCUAUUUGAUUGAUAAAAAAGUAGUGUAAGAAUGCGUCACAUUUGUACAUAAAAAAAUUACAAUGAAAUGCUGCAAAUGAAACGAAUGUAUGUGACUGUUUGUUUGAAUCAGCUUUCGUAGAUAUGCACAUGUCAUAACAUGUUGAACAAUUGCGUUAUUAAAUUGGUCAUUUAAAGAAAAUAAAUAAAAGGAAGGUACGUUUUUUCGUAGGUUUUAGGAAAAAAAAUUGUCCAACCUUUGAGAUAUACAUAACACAAUGUGAUGGAGUAGGUUCUAGGAAUAAAAGAAACAAAAAUUAUAGGAACUAAUAAAUGUACGAACCAGCGGAGGAUUUCAAAGUGGAACGAAGGUUUUGAGACGAUAAUCUGUACAUACAAAUGAAAGAUGCGGAAAAAACCGUGAGCUAAUAGCAGAACUUAUUAUUACGUUUUGCCAAACCGAUCAGAAGUGAAUGAAAAUCGAAAAGGCGACUGACCGUAGUCUGAUUAGUUUAGUGUAGCUAAAUCUACUAGGUGGAUUAGUUUGAUAAAAAAAACCAUAAGCAAGGCACCAAUUCUUGUACAUACACACAUAAUCUUUCAAAAAUUCUGUACAUUCAUUUCUUUCACAUUCAUAAACCAAAAGCAAACGCUUCAGCAUCGAAGCGUUUGUAUUAUAGUUUUCUUAUGUUAGCCGUCAGAGGUCAGCCUUUCGUUGGAGAAAAGGUGUCUCGGCUAAAAUGGGAAGAGAGAAAAAAAACACCGUAACAAAUUCGUUCACCAAAAUCACCAGACCGGAAUUAAAAGAGGCAGCAAAUUCAACCCACAACCGAAGGAAAUAAGCAAUUGUAUUCAACCAUUGAUUAGACCGUAGGGCCCUAUAUUUAUUGUUAUUACUCUUACUUAAACGUACUACAUAUAUCGUACACGCUGCGUGUACUUGUGGUGGAGAACAAAAAAACAAUAAAAUAAGAACAAAAACCGCCACCCGUUUCCGUUGUUCUUUAUAGGCUAAUUUCCCCCCUCGAAUUCUUCCAGGACUAGACACGAAUCCAACAAUCACACACUAAAAACACCCUUACAAAAGUGAAUAAUAAUCAUCUGGAAACCCACAGUUUGAUACCUAACCACUAUCCGCUCUCCAUAAGCUCCCCUUCGUUAACCACAACAGUUCAACAAGGACAGUUAAAAAUCGAGGGAAAUGUUUACGUUACGUGCGAUUAAUAAGGAACAUGGCUAGGAUCUACUACAUAGAUAAAAAAAAUGAACAAAACUUUGGGGAGGGUAUCAAAUAUAUAAAUAUUUCAAGAGGAAAGCACUUAUCUUUAAAGGUGUGCAGUGAAUGGAAAAAGCUUUGAGAGAAAAUUAAAGAAACAAAAUUCAAACAAGGCCGGGAGGUAUCAGUUAAGUUAGUGAGUAAACUUUAAAUUAAACCUAUCGACCACGUUGUAAAGAGAGGAAAAAUGAUUACAAAAAUAAAAAAAGAGUUGCGAGAACGACAGUGAAAAUGUGGAACCCACAAAUAAAUGCUAUUGAAAAUCUUAA